UUCCCCAAGUUCGGAUAGGGCCACCGACGUACACGUCAUCAUGUUCCCUGAUUGAUUGAUGUCUGUCACGGGUGCUGCUUGCAUUACACCUGCACCUGCGGACGGGGAUGCGAUGCACGAUGCACACAUCCGAGCAGCAAGCAUGUGGAUAUCCGACGGGAUGGGAUAUGAAGUAUGGAUCGGUGGGCUUGGUAGUUGGCUUUCGGGCUUGUUGCUUUUGAGCUUUGGGCUGUCGUCUUUCUU